AUAUCUCCCCGUGGUAUGAUGUCUGCAUGAAACUAUUACACCCAAGUCAGAUUGCUUGCUUUUGGCCUUGAACUUGAUUUCAACCUCAGUUACGUUUACUUAAGGCGCGGCAAAAGCUGCCCUAUAAAGGAGAACAUGGGUAGUGCCAGCCGGUUUGUCACUGUUGGUGUUGGCUGGAGAGUUACACCGGAGGCAUUGCAGGAAAGGAGCACAAUGUUUGCCCCUGGCUCUGGUCUAACGUCGGAGCGGGGCUGGCAAGCAGCAGGGACAACGGGAAGCCUCCAGAACCUGAAGAAAUUUAAUAACCAGGACUUCAACCACCUGCGAGCCUUGUGUUUGAGCCAAGGAGUGCUUUUUGAGGAUGCCACCUUCCCUGCUCAUGUCAGCUCCAUCGGUCCCAACCUGCUCCCAAAGGAUAAGCUGCGUCAAAUACAAUGGAAGAGGCCAACGGAACUGCAGAGAAAUCCUCAUUUGAUCAUAGAUGGAGUUAGCAGAUUUGAUAUCAUGCAAGGAGAAAUAGGUGACUGCUGGAUGCUGGCCGCCCUGGGCUCCCUGACACUGCAGAAGCAAUUUUUGGGAAACGUUUUACCAAGGGAUCAAGGAUUCCAGAAUGAUUAUGCUGGGAUUUUUCAUUUCCGGUUCUGGCAAUAUGGAGACUGGGUGGAUGUAGUGAUAGAUGACCGGCUGCCAUUCCUAAAUGGAAGAUACCUGUCUGUACACCCUCGAACGUCUAAUGAAUUCUGGCCAUCCUUGCUGGAAAAAGCAUAUGCCAAGUUGCAGGGUUCCUACCAGCACUUGCAUGGGGGCUACCCUUCUGAUGCUUUAGUAGACUUCACAGGUGGAGUCCAAGUACAGUUUUCCUUGAAGGAUCCUCCUCCUGAUCUGCAUGAGAUACUGAAGGCAGCUGACAAAUCUCAUUGUCUGAUGGGGUGUAGCACCUCAGGCCAGCUCAUGAGGAAUAUAGAGCUGAAGAAUGGGAUUGUACAGGGUCAUGCCUACACUGUCACUGGAGCUGAGAAGAUAUGCUACAAGAAUAGGUGGAUACACAUCAUCAGGAUCUGGAAUCCAUGGGGCCAUGGGGAGUGGAAGGGGGCUUGGAGUGAUAACUCUCCUCAGUGGGACCAUGUUGAGUCAAAAGACAGAGAAGCCCUCCUCAGAAACAAGGAUGAUGGAGAAUUUUGGAUGUCCUGUGAAAGCUUCCAGGAGCAGUUUUCCUGGCUGUAUAUAUGUAACAACACUCCAACGUUUCUGGACUUUGGAGAUCAGCACUGCACAGCGUGGUGUCUGGAGAGGCACAUCAACCUGUGGAGACCAGUCCUUGCCACUGGCAGGAGUAACUAUUCCUCAGGUGCAGUUUCAAUGAACCCUCAGUAUUUUUUCAAAGUGAUGGAUUAUGAACCAAAAACUUAUAACGUGGUAAUUUCACUCAUGCAAAAACAUGCUGAGAAUGCGCAGGAUGCAAAAAACCUGAAAAUUGGCUUUUUGAUCACCAUGGAGAACUCCAAAGUUCUGAAACAGACUUUUGCCCUGACUCGAGACGUGACCACCUACUUUAUCUUGAGCCCAGGAACCUACGCUGUUGUUCCUGCUGCAAUGGAGGACCAAGAAUUUGAAUUCCUUUUAAGAAUCUUCAUGAAGAAUCAAGAGUACAAUGAGAACUCAAACUCCCUACCCAGCCCAGUGCCACCAAUGGAUCUACCAAGACAAAACCAGGACAGUUCCUAUAAGGCUAUCUUCCUACGAUACGCUAAGCAGGGCUCAGAAAUCGAUGCCUCGCAGCUGCAAGAACUCCUUAAUGAAGUGAUCCUGCAAGAUGAAAUGACCAGCCUGGGGGGAAGAUUCAGCUUCGAUUCAUGCAGAGGCAUUUUAGCUCUGAUGGAUCUCAACUCGAACGGCCGACUCACACUGCAGGAGUUCGGGAGCCUCUGGCGAAGUCUCACUAAGUACACGGCUAUCUUCAGCAGGGAAGACAGGAAUCAGUCUGGAUUUCUGGAUAUAUCUGAACUGAAGAGUGCAGUACAGGCAGCAGGUCUGGCUGCUGAUGAUCAGCUCCUGCGCCUGAUGACCUUGCGGUACGGCGAUGCUGCCAGGAGAAUCGGCUUCUCUGACUUCGUGUGCUGCAUGCUGCGCCUUGAAACCAUGACCUAUGCAUUUCAAAACUUAGCAGAGGGCGGAUCACAGAUUUUGAUGACAGCAACAGAGUGGCUGACUCUUGUCAUGUACACCUAAAGAGAUGUCAGAGCUCAAUGUGGCUGGUGGCUUUUCUGCUCCUCUGCAGGACACAGCCCAAGGCCAUCCGACACAAGAGCCAUCCAUGGGGUGCUUGAAAAGCCACUGUGAAGGAGUGAAGCCAGGUUCCCCAUGGAUGUCUGCUUAUGCUUGAUGACACUCAGAUGUCAGGAUGAAGAGUCCUUUGCAGGCAAAGGGGAGCUGCUUUGGACAGAGAAGAGGAGAUAAUGAGAGAGCUCCAUGGGCGAGCUGCUAGUACUUAAUGGUCUGCUCAAGCUUGAAGUGCUGACUAUAAUAAUCUCCUUUCAUCUUCCUGUAAAUAGUAUGGCUGGUUCUCCUGUUAAUGCACAUUAGUCAGGAACAGCUCCAUUAACUCCAUGGCAAACAAGAAUAGAAUCAGGCCUUUUGGGGAAGGAGUGUAUCAAAUAGGUAACAAAAACAAUUAAGACACAGUUGUAUUUGAAUUAUUUCUUAAUUUGCUUGAGUGCUAUUUCUAAAUGCCAGAAAAAGGUUGAAGAAAUUAGUCAUAAUUCAUAAAUAGUGCCAGAAGCUUUGUGAUU